AAGACAAUAACAAUUUGUACGUUCGGUUUGCCGUCAAAAAUGUAAUUUUAUAACAACAAAAAUUAGUAUAACUUUUUGCUUCACCCAGAAAACCAUUCAAAGUUGCUCAACCCAUCUGAUCCGGUGAGCGAGACUAGCACCUAAGCGCGAUGGGCAAGCGGCGCCGCGGCAAGGUGAGUGUAGGAGUAGCUGCAUGGAGGAACUCACCUUCGAAUACGCCGGCCAAUACCUCCGGCAAGCCUUUCGUCAAACUAUCCCCCAAGGCUGUGCCGAAGCCAAGCACCAAGAUCACUUCAAAAGUCCCAACAAAGCCCUCAUUAAAACCCAUUUCGAAAUCCAUUUUGAAACCCUCUUCGAGACCUUCCAUGGGUCUGUCCUCGAAACCUACCAACAAGAGCUCCGGACGAAACUCCGGCAGGAGUUCCUAUCGCAAUGCCAAAGAUUUCGGCGAAGCAGCUUCCAUACAGUCAGCUAUGGGGCAGGGUCCAGGACCUGGUAGGGAUUCGAGUCAGGGCCGGGAGGAUAAGGUGGAGGGCGUAGAGUCCAUUGCCAGCAUGAAAAGCAUUGGGCCGCAUCGCCACAGUGGCGUUUUCCUGUACCGAAAUAGCGUCGAUGCCAUCCAAUUGCUUACCCGCAACACGAGCUCCAGCUCGGAUGACUACGGCGAGCAGCGGAUCAUGGCGGACUUUAGGGGCAAGCGCUGCGAGUUCCGGUCCUGGUCGCCGUUUCAGUCAAAGCUUGCCGCCGGAAUCAUGAGCGGUGUGAACGAUCUGCACCUGCAUAGUGGUGCCAAGGUGCUCUAUUUGGGGGCAGGCUUCGGGCACUCGGUGACUCACGUCUCGGAUAUUGUCGGUGAAACGGGUAUGGUGUAUGCCGUGGAGCAGGGCAUUUGGUCAGGACGCCAGCUGAUGGCUCUGGCCAGUCAUAGGCCCAAUAUCGUGCCCAUUAUCGAGGAUGCCACAAUGCCGUACAAGUACUGCCGCCAGGUUCCCGCCGGCAUCGACGUAAUUUUCUGCGAGUUGCCGCAGGCGGACCAAGUGCGUUCCUUGAUGCUGAAUGCCCGCCACUUCCUGGCGCCCGGAGGACACUUUGUGGCCUUCCUGCACGGACCGAGUAUCGAUAGCAAAGUGUGCCUCAUGGAUGCCAUUGAAGCCGAGAGCGAACGCCUGAUGCUCCAGCAGCUGGAGCCCAUGGAAAUGGUGAUCCUGGAUCCCUUUAAGCCCGGUUACGCUAUGGUCAUAGGUGUGUCCACGCGUCAGAAUUUAUGUUCCUAGCUGGUUCGAUGUACGGCAAUGGCUAUUUUAAAUUUAUAUUCGUUCUUAAUUUGUAUUAUUAAAUGUUUUCGUGUUAUUAAUCAAA